CGAACAACUUGAAGUCUCACCACUCGGUUCUCAAACCCUUCUCCUCGCACAAAACGAAUCAUGUCCUUAGUGACGGCAGAAGAAGAGACUGCAGUUUUGUUGCGUGCGCAAUAUGUGGACGCCUUGUGCGGUUUCGCCUUCGCUGUCGUACUUCUAUAUGACUACGUAUUGACGGUUGGUCAAGAGGUAAAUCUCAUUUGGAGGAACACAACUGGUGCCACUGGCAUCAUCUUCAUCCUGAACCGAGUCAUAACACUGGGGCUGGUAUAUGAAGGUGCCGUACAGCCUCGAAAUUACACAUACGAAAGCUGCAAAGGCAUCACGAUCUCAUCUUUGAUAUGCGUUCUAUUCUCGUAUCAGAUGUGGGCGACUAUAUCUGCGAUCAGAGUAUAUGCUCUCACCGGGCGGCGUCUGUGGCUGUCGGUGAUGACGUUCGCACUGGGGAUGGUACCAUGGGGACUGGAUGUGUACACGAAUACUACGUUGUAUUUCACAGUCGUUCCUGUCGAAAGUCAGCAUCUGUGCCAAGAAGACGACAACGUAACCAAUGCAUUCAUAGAAAACAUAGAGCUACCCAUAUGCCGUGCAUGCAGCAUAGCAUCCGACCUUAUAGUUCUACUUGUGACUAUAUAUAAGGUACUCCCCCGUCCAUUCGUAUUCUCGCAAAUCUCCAGCCACUCCUUUACGCGGAUGUUACUCAGAGAUGGCCCGAUGUUGACCACCCUCAAUGCUCUCGAGAUUGUUCUGUAUCUGACCAUAUCAACCGUCUUCGUCUCUCGAUUCAUACUGAACCUACGUGAAUGUGCUGCUGUAUCGGUCGUGAAGCUCGACUCUCAAGAAAGUUCCGAGAGCACGGCACGACAGGAAUCACGGACAUUGACCUUUGCGUUCUCUUCGAUCACGCACCUGGAUGCAAUGGCAUCUUACCAAGACGAUGCGCUCACAAGUGAAGUACAAAUGUCGGACAUCGGGGACACUGGCAGCGCGGGAUGUGAAGAGGACGUCGCAGCGCGCAUCGGAACGGAGUCGGAUGCCGUGCAGUGAUAGUGAUUCCACUCCACCUUCGAUGCGCUUGAGAUCGUUCUGUACUUGACCCCAGUGCGUGACUUUGGGCGUGCUACGAGUCCAUUUUGAACUCGAUGCCGCUGACGUAGCUGAUAGAUGGAUGAAUAUAUCAACCACCUCAUUGCACUGCAUACGUUCUGCUUCAUGGACCACGACUGCGUGAGGUUGCUCAGACUAGUCAAUCGCACAGUAUAUAAGAUCAAACAUUGUUGUCUCUCGCUUCGCGUCGAAUAAUGACGACA